AUGAGUGAUGUAAGAAAUAACCCCCCACCUUUUUUUUCACUCUUUCUUUCUUUUCUCUUUUUUUCUUUCCUCUCUCUUUUCUCUUCUCUUUCUUUUCUCUCAUAUUUUCUCUUUUUCAUUUCUUUUCUCUCACAUUCUCUUUUUUCAUUUCUUUUCUUUCAUUCUCUUUUUUCAUUUCUUUUCUUUUUUUCUUUUCUCUCUGAGACAGAGAGAAGUGACAGAGACUGUCUUUUUUCGCUUCUCCCUCUGUCUUUUUUUUCUUCUCCCUCUGUCUUUUUUUUUCUCCCUCUGUCUUUUUUUUUUCUCCUCUGUCUUUUUUUUUUUGCUUCUCCCUCUGUCUUUUUUUCUUCUCCCUCUGUCUUUUUUUUCUCCCUCUGUCUUUUUUUCCUCUGUCUUUUUUUUUUUUGCUUCUCCCUCUGUCUUUUUUUUUCUCCCUCUGUCUUUUUUUUUUCUCCUCUGUCUUUUUUUUGCUUCUCCCUCUGUUUUUUUUUCUCCCUCUGUCUUUUUCUGUCCCUUUUUUUUUUGCUUCUCCCUCUGUCUUUUUUUUCUUUCUGUCUUUUUUUGCUUCUCCCUCUGUCUUUUUUUCGCUUCUCCCUCUGUCUUUUUUUUUCUCCCUCUGUCUUUUUUUUGCUUCCCUCUGUCUUUUUUUUUUUCUCCUCCCUUUUUUGUCUUUUUUUUUUUUGCUUCUCCCUCUGUCUUUUUUUUGCUUCUCCCUCUGUCUUUUUUUUUCGCUUCUGUCUUUUUUUUUUCCUCUUCUUUUUUUACUUCCCUCUGUCUUUUUUUUUUUUUUCUCCCUCUGUCUUUUUUCGCUUCUCCUCUGUCUUUUUUUGCUUCUCCUCUGUCUUUUUUUUUUGCUUCUCCCUCUGUCUUUUUUUCUCCUCUGUCUUUUUUUGCUUCUCCCUCUGUCUUUUUUUGCUUCUCCCUCUGUCUUUUUUUGCUUCUCCCUCUGUCUUUUUUUCGCUUCUCCCUCUGUCUUUUUUUCGCUUCUCCCUCUGUCUUUUUUUCGCUUCUCCCUCUGUCUUUUUUUCGCUUCUCCCUCUGUCUUUUUUCGCUUCUCUUCUCUCCUCUUUCACUGAAAUCAAACAGCAUCUCUGUCUUUACUGCCUGUCCUUAUGA